AUGAAUAACGACGAAAGCAGGUUAUCGAAAAUAUACUACAGUACAAGAGGGUACUGGAAAGGCUAUGAAGCUAUCAAUAAAUUGGCAGAUGCUGCUAAAGCUGAUUUAUUGUUCUUAACUCACGAUACUGUAAAACGAAAGACCUACAAAUAUGCGCUGUUAGUGGUGGAUGUUGCUUCAAGGUAUGUUCAUGCUGAAGCGCUAACGAGUAAAGAUUCGAGUGGAAUUGCUAAAGCGUUUGAAAGAAUCUAUUCAAGGAAACUCAAGUGGCCAAAUACGGUGAUUGUCGACCCUGGGACAGAAUUUAUGGGCGAUGUUACAAAACUCAUGAAAAAGAAGGGUGUUCGAAUUCAAAGAAGUGAGGCUAAAAACCAUAAAGCUCAAUCUGUGAUAGAGCGGGCAAAUCGAACUUUGUCUGAAAGAUUGUAUAGUCAUCAAUAUGCUCAAGAGAUGUUAUUAGAAAAUGAAAGAUCAAGAGAAUGGGUGAAGAGGUUACCGGAAGUUUUGGAAGCAAUGAAUAAUAAGCCAAGACGCAUCACUGGGAAAGAAACUGAUAAAGCUGUGAGACUCAAAGAAGUUGAUGUUAAACCCGUCGAAUACAAGCGGCCUGUUGGACUUGACGAAGUGAGACUGCCUCCAGGUGUUAAAGUAAGAUAUUUGCUUGCGCCGGGUGAAGACGAAGGAGGUGAUAACAGUCGUGCAACGGAUCCGGUCUGGAGUUUGGAUAUCUAUGAUUUAUCACGCAGUGUUGUUUCGGUUGGACAGCCUGUGUUGUACUAUCUAUCGGAGGGUGGACCGAGGCGUGGAUUUAGUAGGGAAGAGCUUCAGGUUGUGCCUCCAGACACUGAGCUGCCUCCUAAUUCUGUGUUGAAACAGUCAGAUUUUCUCUUGUUAUUACAACUUUUGCAGCAAAGGACACAAUUACUCUUUAUAUGCCCAAUGGUAUUAUCUAAUCUCUCAAUCGUUGCCAGAUCAUCCUGA